UUUUUCAUUGCAACAAUUUGUAGCUAAUUAUUCCGACUUUAUAGAACCAUUCAUCAAUUUAGUAAAAUUCUUAAUUUCGCUAAUUUUCUGUUUUUUGCAAAAAAAAUAAAAUAAAAUAAAGAAAAGAGAGGGGACCAUUUCAAAAUAUCCUACGAGUGAAUGGGGUCUCCGAAAAUAACAACAAACCGUUUAAAGGCGCGAAGGAAUGAAUGCCUUUGCGCUCCUCCAUUCCCUCCCAAAACAAUAGCAAAUUAGCAAGACAAACACAACAACUACAAUAACAGGAAUACACAACCCCACCCCAAAAAAAACACAAACAAAAAUUUAUAAUCUAUAAUUAUAAUUCUUCUCCCUAUCUCUGUGGAGGAGGGGGAUGGCGUCGUCGACGGGGAAUGGCGGGGAGGGCGAGGCGGAGGCGGAGGCGCCGCUGCUGCCAUUGGCGGGGCGUAAGGCGGCGGCAGCGGCGUCGUCUUACUAUCGGCGGUGCCUGUCGCACGCGGGGGACGAGCUGCGGAGCUUCCGGUCGUGCCUGCGGUGGAUGCUGCUGGACCAGUCGGAGCCGGCGCGCGCGGCGGCGUCGUGGGCGCUCUUCCUGCUGCUGGGCGCGCUCGUGCCGGCGGCCGCGCACCUCGCGCUGGUCGGGGCCGCCGCCGCCACCCCCGGCGGCCACCGCCGCGCCUACGACGCGGCCGUGCAGCUCUCCCUGUCGGGCGCCGGGGCCAUCGCGUACCUCUGCCUCUCGGCCUUCGUCCGGCGGUACGGCCUCCGCCGCUUCCUCUUCCUCGACAAGCUCCGCCGCGAGAGCGAGCGCGUCCGCCUCGGCUACACCGCGCAGCUCAGCCGAUCCUUCCGCCUCCUCGCCUGCUUCGUCCUCCCCGGCUUCGCCGCCGAGGUCGCCAUCAAGCUCUGGUGGUACUGGUCCGCCCUCGCCGCCGCCGCCUCCUGGCGGCCCCCCUUCGCACCCGCCGCCGGUUCGACUGUGACGCGAAUAAUACUGGCGGUGGCGUGCGUGCUGGAGCUGGCGUCGUGGCUGUACCGGAUGGCGAUAUUCUUUCUGGUGUGCGUGCUGUUCAGGCUGAUCUGCUACCUGCAGAUUCUGCGGAUGCAGGACUUUGCGGCGGUGUUCGAGGAGGGCGCGGAGGCGGCGGCCGUGCUGAAGGAGCAUCUGCGGAUCCGCCGCCAGCUGCAGAUCAUCAGCCACCGGUUCCGCGCCUUCAUCGUCUCCUGCCUCGUGCUCGUCACCGUCAGCCAGUUCGUCACGCUGCUCCUCACCACCAGACCGCACGCCAAAGUCGACGUCUUCAUCACCGGCGAUCUGCUGCUGUGCUCGAUCGGGCUGAUGACUGGGCUGCUGGUGUGCCUGCGGAGCGCGGCGAAGAUCACGCACAAGACGCAGGCGAUCACGAGCCACGCCGCGACAUGGCACGCCUGCGCCACCAUCAAGUCCUUCGACGCCGACACGGAGGACCCCUACCCCACCGCCGCCGGUGUGCACACGACGACGGCACUGAGCAGCUCCGGGGAUGACUCGGACGAAGACGAGGGCAGGGACGACGACGAUCUCGACGACAGAAAGCUCUUGCCCUCGCAUGUCAGCACCAUCUCCUUCCAGAAGAGGCAGUCCUUGGUGACGUAUUUGGAGAACAACAAGGCCGGGAUCACGGUGUUCGGGUUCGUGGUGGACCGGACUUGGCUCCACGCUCUGUUCAUGAUCGAGUUCUCCCUCGUAAUGUGGUUGCUCGGUAAAACAGUUGGGAUCUGAUCGAUAGGGCUCUUUCCAUAUUGUAAGUUACCAUGCACGUUGCGAUUUGUAAAUCUCGUGCCUAGAAACUUAUAUCCAUCGAUGAUGGAAUGCAGAAUCUAUCUUCAUUA